AUGACGUCCAAGGCAAUGUGGGAGGUAGAUCCCGAGACGCGAUCCAAGUUGGCCGCUCUACAAAAAGAACCGAAGAAUAGUGUUUGCUGCGACUGCAAUGCGCCGUCACCGCAGUGGGCGUCGCCCAAGUUUGGCGUCUUCAUCUGUCUCUCGUGCGCUGGCGUGCAUAGGGGUCUAGGUGUCCACAUCUCCUUUGUGCGCAGCAUAUCCAUGGAUGCCUUCAAGGCAAGUGAGAUCGAACGAAUGCGACUGGGCGGAAACGAAAACUGGAAAAAGUUCUUUGAGGAGCAUGAAGACACCCAGAUGACUGGGCUCUCGUGGGACGACGCCACCAUCGCAGAGAGAUAUAGCGGUGAGGUUGGCGAGGAAUACAAGGAGAGAUUGAGUUGCAAGGUCGAGGGCAAAGACUAUAUUCCUGGUGAGAAGAAGCCUGUUGCUCCUGCUGCGGCAUCUGCUCCUGCGAAGCAAGGGCCGCUGAGCGGAACAACAAGAAGCAGCAGCGGAAGCCGGACACAGAGCCGGACGCAGAGCCCUGGCCAAGGGCAGCAAGGCGGCAAGGUCAAGGUUGACGACAAGUACUUUGCUCGUCUUGGUGCAGACAAUGCCUCUCGAUCGGAAGAUUUGCCCCCUAGUCAAGGUGGCAAGUACGCUGGUUUCGGAAACACACCUAUGCCGGCCCAAUCGUCGUCGGGGCUGCCAAACUUUGACGACGUUCAGAAGGAUCCUCUAGCUGCCAUCACAAAAGGCUUUGGGUGGUUUACUUCAGCUGUGUCCAAGACGGCCAAGAACGUUAAUGAUGGCUAUAUCCAGCCUACUGCCAAGCAGUUCGCAGAAGGCGAUUUUGCCAAGCAGGCUCAACUGACGGCAGCGCAGUUUGCCAGACAGGCCCAGCAAGCAGGCAAGAAUGCCCAGGAGGGAUUCAACCGCUUUGUUGAGGGCACAGAGACCACGCGCCGCGAUGUGCCUAUCGAUGAGAGCAAGAAGGACUUUUGGGACAGCUUCUCCAGCCUGGCUGACCAGCACGAGCCCCAGAGCAACAGUUCUAUUGGAACUAGUGCCAUGGGCAAGGGCAAGACGAAUGGUCCAGCAGCAUCUGCUAAGUCACAGGGCAAGUCGGACGAGUGGGAUGACUGGUAA